AUGGUGCCUUAUAUCGAUGCUUACCUGCUCAAACAAUCACGCAUCAGUGAAUUGGUGCAGGCAAUAGAAACCGUGUACAACGGCGGCACCUUCUUCGACGCAUCCGUACAAAUGGAGCGCUUACGGCACAGACGAUCAAUGCAGAACAUUAAAGACAUCGGCAUCACGCCGCGCGAAAAACAGAUCAUCCAAUUAUUGGAGAGAGAUUUUUCCAAUAAAGAUAUUUCCAGCCAGCUGAGCAUUUCAAUACGAACCGUAGAAACCCACCGUAAAAAUAUCCUCCGCAAAACAGGAACGACCAAUGUGCUGACAUUGAUCAAAUGGGCUUACGAACAAAAGCUGCUGUAA